AUGAGCGAUGCUAAGCAAUCUGCCAAGGACUGCGUCAGCGGUACCAUCGGAGGUUUCCUCCAGGUCUUUGUCGGACAGCCCUUUGACACCGUUAAAGUGCGCCUUCAAACCAUGCCUACCCCUUUGCCAGGUCAGGCACCCCUGUACAACGGAACAUUGGACUGCGUGAAGAAGACUCUCUCCAAGGAGGGCCUCAAGGGAUUCUAUAAAGGCACCACCACUCCCUUGAUCGGUGUCGGAGCCUGUGUCUCGAUCCAGUUUGUCACCCUCGAGGCCAUGAAGCGCUACUACAACGACUUGAACGGACCCAGCGCCAACGGAUUCCUCACCAACUCUCAGCUCUACCUUGCCGGAGCUGCCAGUGGUAUCACCAACUCGGUCAUCUCGGGCCCCGUUGAGCACAUCCGUACCCGUCUCCAGGUCCAGACCGGAGCUCCCCCAGCUAUUACCUCGGGUGCUGCCGAGUCUGUUGCUACUAUUGCUGCCAAGUCAGUCGAAACUGGUGCUGUUGCCACCACUGCUGCUGCCCAGAACUCUGUCAAGGUCGCCGCCGAGACUUCUGCUGCCAAUGCUUCCAAGAACACCUUGUUCUUCACUGGCCCCGUCGAUGCUGUCCAGAAGAUCUACGCCCAGCACGGUCUCCGUGGUAUCUACAAGGGUCAAGCUGUCACCAUGGUCCGUGAGUUCCAGGGAUAUGGUGCCUACUUUGCUGCCUACGAGUACCUCGUCCAGCGCGCCAUGCGUCUUGAGAACAAGAAGCGUAACGAGUUGAGCACCCUCAACUUCGUCUCCUAUGGUGCCUGCGCCGGUUACGCCAUGUGGGCUACCGUGUACCCCAUUGAUGUGAUCAAGUCCAAGUUGCAGACCGAUGGCUUCUCGUCUUCCACCCGCCAGUACUCGUCUGCCAUUGACUGUGCUCGCCAGACCUUGGCCAAGGAAGGUGUUGCUGGAUUCUUCAAGGGCGUUGCUCCCUGCAUCCUCCGUGCCGCCCCCGCCAACGCCGUCACCUUCCUUGGUUUCGAGAUGGCCAUGCGUCUCUUGCGUUAA